GUCAAAAUUUCCCCACACAAUGAUGAGACAAAGACAUCAAAACACUUAAUCCGCUCAAAGAAGAGUGAGGGAGAGAGCAGCAGAUGGCCAGAAAGACGUCAGUCCUCCUCAUUCUUCCCAGGACAACCGUGAGGCGAGAGACAGAUGAUUACAAGGGACACUGACGUUAUUGUGGGGACCCUGGACGUCACAGAGACAGAAUGCGAAAGCUUAAAGGAGCUGUAUUAGAAUGAAAGGGCAAAAUGGCAAUUGGGGAAAAAGAUGUGAUUUUUUUUUCAGGGACUCGGAUUCUAUUAUAAAAGACAUCGGUCAACACUUGAUGGAGUCCAGCUGUCCAAUUACACCUCAGUAUUUACAGUCUUGAAUCAUUUACAGGGAUCUAACAAAGAUUGAGGGACCGGGUUAGCAUGUUUGUUCUAACUUUUGUUAAGAUAAGACAUGCACACUUUUUCAUUAAAACGUUUAGAUCCUAACUUGAUGCCACACUGCCCUCUCUAGCUGGCGGGACGGUAGUGUCCUCACGUCCUGUCGUCUCCGCACAGAUGAGCACGAAACCCCCUGUGAGUGCUUUUUUAUGGUCUCUUAUCUGUUCUGUUUAAACUGCCACCUCCACUCCCAUUUCCUCUCCAUACUGGGAAAUAAAUGAAACACUUUAUAUUAAAUAAACAGUGAUUUAUCUGCGAUAUGCAAACUAAUAUAGCCUACUGUAUGUUCUCCUCUCAAUCCAGAAGUCAGGGGUUCCCCGUCCUCUGAGAUCAAAAACAUGACAUAUGACAUAGCCGUGUGAGAUUUACCAUCAGUUUAUCCUCCUUCAUUUCCUGAAAACAAGUUUGUUAUCAUUUUUCCUUUUCGUACUGGAGUGACUCACGUAUUCUCUGUCACUCUCUGAUAUAAAUACGAGUUUAUAGGGACAUGUCUUCUGUGUAGACCAUCUCAGCAUCUGGAGGUCUUGGAGAUAUCGCCACUCAGUUUUUUUGUUUUGUUUUGUUUUUGUAUAAAUUGGAGUUAUCCUCUUCGUUCUUAUAUAUCAUUUACAUUUUAAGUCAGUUUUAAGGUUUAUUAUUACAGUAUUUUAUUUUUGAGGAUAAUUUUUACUUUUGGAUGCCAUCCGUUUGUAUUGAUGCCUACCUGGUCGGUUCAGUCAAUCAUGCUUUUUACCUGUUUUUUCUUUUUUUUUGCUCUGUUUCCUCCUCUUCAUUGGUGUAUGUAUCUUCCUGAACGGAAUGUGCUUCUGCCGUUCAGCACACAAGUCAGGGAAUGCUUGCUCUACACAGGGAACAGAAAGCAUGGGUUGUGCCUUGAAAUGAAUUCUGAUGGCUCCGUCAGAGGGUCCCCAGUAAUGAAGCGUAACUGUGUGCUGAACCUGCGCUCAGUGAAAGCGGGUGAGACGGUCAUCCAGAGUGAGGCUACAUCUCUCUUCCUCUGUGUGGAUGAUGAAGACAACUUGAAAGGACAGCUGCAUUACUCUGAAGGAGACUGCACCUUUCAGGAAUUGCUACUGGAGAAUGGAUAUUCUUUUUUCCUCUCUCCACACUCUAAUCAUCCUGUGUCACUCCUCUCAAAGCAGUCUGGGCAGAAACACAGUGCCCCAUAUUCUCAGUUCCUCCCCCUUAUGAACAGUCAGUUGGCGGGGAAAGAAGAGGACAUCCAGAUACAGGACGUGAAACAUUAUAUUAAGGACAUAAACCUGGACUCUGACGACCCACUAGGAAUAGGACAUAAGUCACAAAUCCAGACUGUCGUCAGUCCCAGUCUGCAUACUAAGAAAUGAGGACUGGAGAACAUCGGUUAUGGAGGCAUGCUUUACAUUUAAGAUUUAAAAUGUUUUGAUACUGUAUUUAUUUGAACUUAUUUAUUUAUUUGUUAUGGCCUAAGUUAUUUAAAUUAAUUUAAGUAACUUGAAUAUGUUAUAUGAAACAUCAUACAAUUAUUCAUUUAAAUAUGAUUCUUUAAAUGACAUGUGAUAUCAGCUGGAGAAAAUUCCACUUUCAGUUUGUUUGUUGGUUUUGUAGA